CCGAAAAUAAAAAUAAAUUAUUUGCUGCACUAAAUCUAUAAGAUCAUGAAAAAAAGAUCGCCUUACAUUAGAAACUUAUCUUUACUUAAAAACAAGAAAACUUACCGCUAUGCUUAUUAAUAAUUAAUAAUACAUAUAUUUAUUACUUAUCAUACAUAGUUUAUUAUACCGCGUUUGACAUACGCAUGCGAAAACAACCUACGCCCUACAAUGUAAACAUAACCUGUACAUACAUGACAAUCGUGGCAUGAAUUUGUUACAAAAAUAUUUCGAUUGAUCCUGAAAAAGAUACAAUUAUGGCAAAACUUACGAAGCGCGUUAACAUAAAAAAGUGCACGAGGGAGCAGUUGGAACAAUUUGAUAAAUCGGAAUUAAUCGACAAAAUAUUACAAUUAGAGGCUCACAAUGAACAACUCAGAGCAUUAAUCACAAAAACUACAGAUUCUAAAUCGGAAAAGAAAGAGAUGCCUGAUAAAGUAAGAAAGUCAUUUGAUUUCUCACGAUACCAUAAGAGGCACAUUCUUUUAAAAUUCUAUUAUCUUGGUUGGGACUAUCAUGGCUUCACUGUACAAGAAGAUAACAAUGACACUAUUGAGCAUCAUUUGUUUACAGCUUUGUUAAAAAGUUGUUGCAUAGAAUCACGUGAGAGUGCCAACUAUCAUCGAUGUGGACGAACGGAUAAAGGUGUUAGCUCAUUCUCUCAAGUGAUCUCAUUAGACAUUCGCAGUAGGUUGGAACCAGAAAAUCAACAUAAUUUGUCAGAGGAAUUGCCUUAUUGUAAAAUAUUGAACAGAUUACUACCAACAAAUAUAAGAUGUAUAGCAUGGUGUCCAGUCUCACCAAAUUUCUCUGCGAGAUUCGACUGCAAAUAUAGGACAUAUAAGUACUUUUUUCCAAAAAGCAAUUUAGACAUAGAUGCUAUGGAUAAAUCUGUUAAAUAUGCUAUAGGAGAUCAUGAUUUUCGUAAUAUUUGUAAAAUGGAUGUAGCUAAUGGAGUAAUUAACUUCAAAAGAACUGUAAUUGAUGCAAAAGUCUCCAUGAGCAAUCAAAACGUAGAAAAAAUCACAGGCUAUAAUAUGUGUGAAUUAGAAAUAACAAGCCAAGCUUUUCUCUGGCAUCAAAUACGCUGCUUAAUGGGCAUUUUGUUACUGGUGGGACAAAGAAAAGAAGAGCCUGAAAUAAUUUUAAAACUUUUAAACAUUGAGACUUGUCCACAAAAACCACAGUAUAAUAUGGCUCACGAAGUGCCAUUAAAUCUCUGGUAUUGUGAUUAUGAGGGUAUAGAAUGGUUUAUUGAUAAAAAUGAGUUAAUAAAUACUAUCAAGACAUUACAACAAGAUUGGGCUCUCAGUACUAUAAAAUCUACAAUGAUUAAAAAUAUGUUGACAAAAUUGGAAAAUUUGGCCAAUUGUGCAAAUACUGAUUUUCAAAGUGAUUGUCUCCUUCUUGGAGUGCGAUCAAAAAUAUAUCAGCCACUUAUGACACGAGAAAUGUGUGAAAGUUUGGAAAAUAAAAUCAAGCAUUAUGAGAAAAAACGAAAGUUCGACGUCAUACAUUCGAAUGUUACAUAGCAUAUGCCUAUGCUAAUAACAGGACAUGUAUUCUAACAUUUUUAAAUACAUACGUACCUAAAAAGGUACAUACAUACAUGAUUGUAAAAAUUACAUAUGGCAUCUUAAAUUUUC